AUGGUAACUUUAUUGGAAGCACUUAGAGAAGUCACGACAAUUGAUUUGGAUGCAAUCGAUGUCGACGUAGCAACAAAGUUCUCACCAGUUCAAGAUAUGACAUGUAACCAAUUCCUCGUACAAGCUACUUUGACAAUGCCUCAGCACGCUCAUGUAUUAGCAUUCGCAGUCGAUGAAGCUUUCAGAUUGAGCAAUGCAUUAGGCGUUGACGAGAAAGAUACAAUUUCAUUCGAACAACUAGUCGUUGAUAUAGCUUCAGUCAACAUUAUAAAAGAAGUCAAACCAAAGUUACACCCACAAGGUUUAGUUUUAUUACAAACAUGUUGCUCAAAACUUGACGUUAUAAAUGAAAUUGUGAACCAUUGUGAACAAAUUGUCAAAAUAUUUGAUAUUUAUGGUAUUAGCAGCAAGGAAUGUUGCAUUAAGGUACCAGCGACAGUCAAUGGACUCAAAGCAUGCAAAAUUCUCACAAAGAGAAAUAUCAAGACACUUGCUACAACAGUAUUUUCCACAUCUCAAGCACUAGCUGCUGCGGAAGCAGGCUGUGUUGCUAUAUCACCAUAUCUUAAUGAAUUGGAUGCUCAUUUUGAUAGGAAGUUGUACACCGAUUAUUCAAACCCUGUUAAAGAAUCACCAGGAGUACAAUUAACACACAAAAUUCAACGUUAUUAUCGUAGCGCUGGUAUAAAGACACAAGUUAAAGCUGCAUCUUUUAUAGCACCUAUCGACGCAGUAUCCAUGGCGGGUAUUGAUGCUAUUACAGUAGGACCAACAAUAUUAGAAGGUCUUGCUAAUACACAAGUAAGUGAACGCGAUAAUGAAAUUAUACGAGACGCGAUAGCUGCAUCAAAUGAAACAGAACUUCCAAAUGCAACCACAUGGUUAACAGACAAUGCUACUGAAUUAACUGAAACUAUGAAUGAUACAAAUGUUAGCAGAUUACAGAGACGUGCUAAUGAAGUUUUCACCAACGCAGAGGAACAACUUAGAGCAUUGGCAAGGGUUGCAAUAUUAAACAAAAAGCAACCACAUCUAGAAACACUGUAA